AUGCCCCCAGUCCCUCUGCCAAGGACAUCAGCAGUGCCCAGGCCCACCACAGCCCCCCAGGAACCUCGGAAUGGAGCAGCGAAUGUCACCUCUAAAGCAGGAGGGAGAGCCUCUCUUUCCUCUGUAGCCCCCAUUGGGAGCAACUCAGCUGCUGAGGAUGGGGCCUACACCGUGCGCCCCAGCUCAGGACCUCGCGGCUCCCAGCCCUUCACCCUGGCAGUGCUUCUCCACGGCUGGGUCUUCAACAUUCCCAUCCGCCAGCUGGAUGGUGGGCGCCUCUAUGCCCUAGGCCGGGAGGGCAGGAACCACGAGGAGCGUUUCUCUUCCGUGGCUGCCAUGGUCCAGCACUACAUGCAGCAACCCUUGACUCUUGUGGACAGACACAAUGGCAGCCGGCAACUAACCUGCCUGCUCUUCCCCACCAAGCCUUGA